CUGCAUGGCUACAACGCGUGAUUGUAUUGAUUGUUCUCUCCGAUAGUCCAACUGAUAGAUAGCUGACUUGCAACCCCCGCAAUAGAGCCGUGGCACCAAACAGGCUUUGCAAAAUCGCAAUUUAUAAAGAAACGCCUAUUGCAAGAUACGCACGCACCGCCGAAGCACCAAGCAGCCCUGCUCAAGCACCGUCGAUCCGCUACACCAUGACGCCCGUUGCCUGUCCCUGCUCCGAUCACAGCUACGAGCUUCCGCUGCGACGAAACCUCCUGCUUGAUCUCCUCCGCUUCAUCGCCGGGGUCCUCCUGGACCGCCUCGGCCUCGUGCCGUGCCAAGGCGACAUGCAGCUGCCCGGACUGCUUUGGUGUGGGGAGCAAGUGGACGCUGCUGCCGUGGAGCGCAUCCUGGAGGCGGCGUUGUGGGCACCCAGCUCGACAGCGAUCGGGACGCGGUCGCUCACGGCUCUGCGGUACAGGAGACGGCGGGUUGCCCAGCCGGCGGACGAGAAAGGCGAAGAAGACGACGAGGGCGCGGCCGUUUGUGCGAUUUGCUUGGCGGGGCUGGAAGCGGGAGGGUGCCAGGUCGCGGAGCUGUGCAGCUGCUCGCACGCGUUCCACGCCGCGUGCAUCGAUGAGUGGGUCGGCAGCGGCGGGGCGGCCACCUGCCCGCUGUGCCGCGCGCCGAUGUCGCCCACGGCGUGGGACGGACAGAGUUGGUGCAACGCUCGCACCGGUGACUGAGGCCUCCGGCGCUGUUUCUUUCGCCGAAACGGCGGGACACGUCGGUAGAUAUCUGUAAAUUAUGUUUACCAGGAAAAGAGGAAGUAUGCACGUACGUGUUCUGAUCGUUUCAUUACUACUACCUCCACGGUUUUAUGCUGUUCUGAUGAGUUUCGCGCGA